AGUUCUAGAACGGCUAGACCCUGGUCGACUGUCGCGUAUUGUUCGAUCACCGCCAUUUUUUUUCUUUCCCUCCUCUCAACCCCUUGGAUUCUCCCACAACCGCCAUAAUGCAUGCAGAAGACCGCAAGCCCUUCCGUCACAUUCCCCUAUCAUACAAUCAUGCCGACUCUCAUGCCUCCGCGCUGAGGCUCAUCUUGACACUCAACCCACACUGGGAGGGACCGGACAACAAGAUCGAGUUUGUCCGGUUCACGGAUGGCAUCACCAAUACUCUUCUUAAAAUCAUCAAUCGCAAGCCCGGCUUGACCGAGGAGCAGAUAGACCAAGAAGCAGUACUGAUGCGAGCGUACGGUAACCACACAGAAAUCCUCAUAGACCGCGAAAGAGAAACGAGCUCUCAUGCUCUUCUUGCCAGCCAUGGAUUAGCCCCUCCUCUCCUGGCGCGCUUCAACAAUGGUCUCCUGUACCGGUUCCUUCGUGGCCGCCCAGCCAGCGCGGAGGACCUUGCCACGCCUGCCGUCUGGCGUGGUGUGGCCAGGAGACUUGCGCAGUGGCAUGCGGUGUUGCCCAUCAAGGGAGCUGCCGCACCGCUAAUGCCCGCCGAGGACGUGACCCUGAUGCAACAUGUAGAUGAGGCCACGGCACACUGCCAGAAGUUGAAGCACGAGGACAUCUCCGUGAUCACCCCAAAGCAGCCUGGGCCGAGCAUGUGGAGUGUGCUCCAGAAAUGGAUCCUUGCUCUGCCCACGACCACGGAGGAGCAGCGCCAACGGAGACUUAGUCUGCAAAAGGAGCUGGAGCGGGUUGUCAGCGAGCUAGACGAUGGAAAAGGCCUAGGCGAUGGUGGAUUGGUUUUCUCUCACUGUGACCUUCUUUGCGCGAACGUCAUCGUGUUGCCCGAAAGCGCCUCUUCGGAAGACGAAGCGGCCGUUGUCAACUUCAUCGACUACGAAUAUGCCACCCCCUCACCUGCCGCCUUCGACAUCGUCAACCACUUUGCCGAAUGGGGCGGAUAUGACUGCGACUACAACAUGCUCCCCACCCGUUCUGUGCGACGCGAGUUCUUGACCGAAUAUGUCAAGAGUUACAGCUACCACAAGGGUAUCCCAGAGUCAUCGCAAGGGGAGAUUGUCGACCGACUCUACGAAGACGUCGACCGGUUCCGAGGCAUCCCCGGACUCUACUGGGGCGUGUGGUCACUUAUCCAAGCCCAAAUCUCACAGAUCGAUUUCGAUUACGCAUCCUACGCCGAGGUCCGUCUCGGCGAGUACUACGCAUGGCGCCGGGAGGUAGACGGGUCGCGGACCCAGGCAGGUGAAGAGAUGCCCCUCCGGGAGCGACGAUGGGCUCAAGAAGCUUGAUCGAAGUAACCGUAUAUAACCGCCUCCCCGACUCUCCGUAUACCUCCCUCGAAUCUGUUUGAGAUAGCAAGCGAUGAUCGUUCCAGCGAUAGCAUAAGCGAUUUAGAGUCUGGCCGUCUGUCAGAGUUUAACAAAAUUUUGUUGAUGGGGUGCGGUAUCCUCUAGGGACGGGAUACUCGAUGCACGAAUAUUUAUAUUCAACAUAUUCUUUCCACGGUGACCGUGGAAAUGCUGUUGGGAUAGACAUGACUAUACCGCGGCUUUUGUCCCUUUUUCUUGUCUAUAGUUACGAAUGUUUGAUAGAUAAUAUAAUCAUUUUGCCAUUACAC